AUGAGCGCUGAAAACUCAAACUGUGUCUUUUGUGAUAUAGUUAAUAAGUUAGAAAAUACCGAAAUAUUAUACGAAGAUGACGAAGUUUGUGUUUUUCGAGAUAUAAAACCUGCGAGUGAUUAUCAUAUUCUCACUGUCCCAAAGCGUCAUAUUGAAGAUGCUAAAACUUUAACACCUAGUGAUAAAGAACUUGUUGAGAAAAUGUUAUCAGUUGCAAAAAAUCUACUACAGCAAAAUAGCUUGUCAGCUGAGGAUGCAAGGUUCGGCUACCACUGGCCCCCAUUCAGGAGUGUAAGGCACUUACACUUACAUACAAUAGCCCCAGAGUCCAAAAUGGGAAUGAUCGGAAAAAUGGUUUUUAUGAAAAAUUCUUAUUGGUUUGUCUCGCCUGAAUAUGUAGCAUCACGACUG